GAGCAGGCGGGGAGCGCGAACCAGCAGCGGAGAGGGAGAGAGGGAGGGAGGGAGAGAGAGAGAGAGAUAGACAGACAGCGGGGACGUGAGACAGGUCGGUAAAUAUUAACGUCGGUUGACCGACAAGUUAACCUGGAGUCAGGGGCUAUCACCAAGUUAGCCGCUGUUAGCCUCCAGUUAGCUGGUAGCACUGUCAUCUCCUGAAGUGCUGCGCGCGCGGAUGAUGGACGGGGACGGUGAGGAGUGAACUUGAUGAACCAGUGAGUCGAGCUGAAGGAACGCCACGAACCCCGCGGGACGGCCUCCUCCCGAGCGGCGCCUCGGUCCCGGUCCCGGACCCGACAGACACGUGUGGCACAGUCUUCCCUCAAACUCCAUUUCCUCCUCCUCAUCCUCGCAGGAGGCGUCGCGUCUUCAUCGUCCAACACAUGAAGCCAGGCCUCUCCUGAUGCUCCUGCAGGAUCCUUCUGAUUCACUCCAUUAAAGACAGCGACCCAGUUCCGUGCGCCGCUCGCCAACAUGCCAUCCAACAGCCCGGCUGCCAGCGCGCCGCCUCAGACGCCUCCGGAAACAUCCACUGAUGUGAGUGAAGCAGGAGUGGACCAGGACAGUCCGGAGGAGGCCAUGCCGGCCAGCCCCGGCAGCAAACGCCGAGCAGGACGCCCGGCGAGGAAACGCAAGCAGCUGCUUCCUGAGACGGCGACCUCCGACCCCUGUGCGAACGCCCCCCCAACCCCACCCGAAGAGCCGGAGUCCUCCCCCUCCCCGCGAAAGAAACGUCGGAAACUAGAGCAGACGGAGAGGAACGAUGACGAGCCAGACGACAGAAAUUGCGACUCCCCUCGAGAGGGAGAGGCUGGGAGGCUGCGGAGGAAACCGGUUCCCAGAGUGACCUUCCAGGCGGGCGAUCCGUUCUACGUCAGCCGGAGGCAGAAAGAGGAAUGGAUCAACCGCUGGAAGAUGGAGGCGGAGAGGCGAGCCUACAGAGAAGCCGGCAUGAGCAUCAUGGACGACCUUUCAGAGGACUUUCAGAAGGAGGAGGAGCCCCCGAGUCCCGAACCACCCGCCCCGCCGAUCCAGCAGCAAACAGACCCAGCUUCCCCGACCGUCGCCGUGACACCAGAGCCGGCCGCCAGUCAAGACCAGGCCACGCCCAGAGAGAUUGAGUACCAGGACGGCAGGGGUUUUGGCAUCGGCACCCUGGUGUUCGGGAAGCUGCGCGGCUUCUCCUGGUGGCCAGGCCGGAUUGUGUCCUGGUGGAUGAGCGGGAGGAGUCGAGCCGCCGACGGGACCCGCUGGGUGAUGUGGUUCGGUGACGGCAAGUUCUCGGUGGUCUGCGUGGAGAAGCUGAUGCCGCUGAGCUCCUUCUCCUCGGCGUUCCACCAGCCCACCUACAACAAGCAGCCCAUGUACAGGAAAGCCAUUUUCGAGGCCCUGCAGGUGGCUUGUGUGCGCGCGGGGAGGCCGACGCCCUCCUGUAGUGACACCAGCGAUGAAGCCGAGGGCGUGGAACUACAGACCAGACAGAUGAUUGAAUGGGCCAUGACUGGCUUCUUACCAGGCGGACCUCAAUCUCUGGACCCUCCUGAAGAGGAGCAAAACCCCUACAAGGAGGUGUACCCAGAGAUGUGGCCGGAGCCAGAGGCUGCGUACACUCCGCCCCCGGCCAAGAGGCCUCGCAAGAACGCGACGGAGAAGGCGAAGAUUCGAGAGGUCAUCGACGAGGGCACCAGAGAGAGACUCAUACAGGAGAUAAAGAAGAAGACCAGGAACAUAGAGGACAUCUGUAUAUCCUGUGGGAGCCUCAACGUCUCUCUGGAACAUCCUCUCUUCAUCGGAGCCAUGUGUCAGGGCUGCAAGAACUCGUUCCUGGAGUGUGCCUACCAGUACGACGACGACGGCUACCAGUCCUACUGCACCAUCUGCUGCGGAGGCCGAGAGGUUCUGAUGUGCGGCAACAACAACUGCUGCAGGUGUUUCUGCGUGGAAUGUGUGGACCUGCUGGUGGGUGCCGGGUCUGCCCUGGCGGCCAUCAAGGAAGACCCCUGGAACUGCUACAUGUGCGGCCCCCGCAGCACUUACGGGUUACUACGGCGACGGGACGACUGGCCGUGCCGACUUCAGCACUUCUUCGCCAACAACCACGAGCAGGAAUUCGAACCAGCCAAGUUGUAUCCUCCCGUGGCUGCAGAGAAGCGUCAGCCAAUCAGAGUCCUGUCGCUGUUCGACGGGAUUGCCACCGGUCUGCUGGUGCUGAAGGACUUGGGGAUCCAGGUGGACAAGUACGUGGCCUCCGAGGUGUGUGAGGACUCCAUCACAGUGGGCAUGGUGAGACACCAGGGUCGCAUCAUGUACGUGGGAGACGUGCGCACCGUCACGCACAAACACAUCGAGGAGUGGGGGCCGUUUGACCUGGUGAUUGGAGGAAGUCCCUGCAACGACCUGUCCAUCGUCAACCCGGCACGCAAAGGCCUUUUCGAGGGAACAGGCCGAUUGUUCUUUGAGUUCUACCGACUGCUGCACGAGGCCCGACCCAAACCAGGAGACGAGCGUCCGUUCUUCUGGCUGUUUGAGAACGUGGUGGCCAUGGGGGUCAGCGACAAGAGGGACAUCUCACGCUUCCUAGAGUGCAACCCAGUGAUGAUUGACGCCAAGGAGGUCUCCGCGGCCCACCGAGCGCGGUACUUCUGGGGAAAUCUGCCCGGCAUGUCCAGACCCCUGACCCCCAUGUCCAACGACAAACUGGAGCUGCAAGACUGUCUGGAGCACGGCCGCACGGCCAAGUUUGAGAAGUUGCGUACGAUAACGACUCGCUCCAACUCUGUGAAGCAGGGGAAAGACGAGCAUUUCCCCGUCUACAUGGACAACAAGGAGGACAUUCUGUGGUGCACUGAGAUGGAGAGGGUGUUUGGUUUCCCGGUCCAUUACACAGACGUGUCCAACAUGAGUCGCCUGGCCCGACAGAGGCUGCUGGGUCGGUCCUGGAGCGUCCCUGUCAUCAGGCACCUCUUCGCCCCACUGAAGGAGUACUUCGCCUGCUACUAGUCAUGUUGACACACACACUCACACACACACACACACACACAGAGUCAGCCCACAACUCAUGUAGACUACUGUAGAACCCUCCACCCUGGUGCUAUCUUGCUGUUGACACAGACGCAAUAACGCACUGACUCCAUGUUGGCAGAUGAACACACACACACACACACACACACACACACACACACACACACACACACACACACACACACACACACAUAUACAUCUGUCUGCUGUUGGAAAACGUUUCAUUCAAAUCCCUGGACUUGCUAUGUGCAGAGUCAUGUGACCUUGACAUCACGUGACCUUUAAACCUUUAGACCUUUAAAUUGACCUCCAGGUUGAGGUGGAGUCACGACCCGUGUGACCAGGAGCUUGUCCUGAAUGUAGCCAUGAGCUCCUCCACUUCUCUCUGGUGAUCGGCAAACGUCGACGGACACGGGUCACGUGACCGGUCCUCACUGACCCGGUGCGUCCAGUGGUUUCAGUAGAAAUGUCUCCAUCGCAGAUCCAAAACGUUGGUCACUGAACAACCUUCCUCUCUGGUGCUAACUGGUCCAGUAACAUGCCGCCCGGUGCCCCCGGUGCUAUCUUCCAAACACGCGCUGACAGACGCGGGCGGGAGCGUCCCACGCGCACUCGGGUGCUGCUGUAAAUAUCACCUCCAUCAUGAUGUCCUCUGGCUUUACGUUGGUCCAGCUGUGACUCACUCAACAAACGGUGCUGCUCUCUUCAGCUGCAGCUGCUCUACAAGCCUUGGUGCUCUCCAGGACUUUGCCUGGUCCACUGCUCAGUACUGGGUCUCCAGCUCGGACCACUUCUCUUCAUUUACAGCUUCUGAAUCGUACAAACCGCGACGACGGUCGGCGGGAGCCCCGACAGUUCUCCCCGAGAACCGGCCGCCAUUCUAGCCUUCGUCCUGCCCCUCUGGGUCCGCCCUCGUCGGACCGAGGCAGAGGCAGCGGUGCCUCCGGAGCUCAGCCCGUCCUGGUAUGGGGUGACUUGUGAAGGCAGCCGUCAGCGUAGCAUGAGCUCCAGAAGGUCCGUUUUUAUCCCGCUGUGUCAGGAAGAGAUCAGGAGCGGUCCUCACAGCUGUCUGGCCUCAUGGUCGUUCCCUCCCGCAGAUCCAACACACCUCUGUGAGUCCUCCACUCCGCGCCUCCUGCAGCGGUCAAGACGGCGGUGAGCGCCACACUCAUGCGGAGCUCGGGGUCCCUCUGAGGUCACGGGGAUUCCAGCUUCUCCAGUGGGAGCAGAGGGCGGGUUGUGAUGCCAGGGGCACAGUUCAAUUGCUUUGGUCUGUGGAGCUAAAUCAGGGAUGUUUUGAAUUCGAACGUUUCCUUAAUGCCUUUUCUGGAUUCUUUGCGCCCAGAUUCAUAAGCAGACUGAAAAACAACGGUUUUAUCUCCCGUGGCGCCCCCCUGUGGUCGAGUCACCUUGUCACCGAAUCACAUCUCUGAUGCAGGUGUGUGGAUCCUGCCAGUCACAUGUCUGUGUCUCAGGUGGACGUGACAGCGUCGCCUCUCUUGACUGCUGCUUUUUCUACUGUCCCUCCACCGGAGCCAGAAAAGGCAGAUUGAAGGGCAGAAAUGACUCAUGUAAUUGGAGAUGCCCAGCGGCUUCUCCGCCCUCUGAGCCCCUGACGGGCCCCUGACGGGCCCCUGACAGGCCCCUGACAGGCCCCUGGGUAGCCUUCAUUCCCACUUGCAGAGCCGUGGAGCUCACCGUCGUCUUGAUCACAGCACUGAAAGACAAUCCAGCCGCCGACCUCGUCGUUCGACCCCUCUCAGCGUUCGCCAGCCGGUUUUCUACUUCCUGUGGCGGACCCGACCCCCUGCUCCGACCUCUGGAGCCAGUCAGGGUCUCAGCCCGGUGCUCAAACACUCGCAACAGUGAACCAGCAGAACCUUCCCUUUCUUCAACCGCGUGCUUUUCUAGAUCUUUUUUACAGUUUAGGUGCAGGUUCAACACACACACACACACACACACACACACACACACACACAGUUGCUGGAAACGCACUGCCAACAUGACACACAUACACUGUGCUCUCUCUGAUCCUGGGUGUGACAUCAUCACCCGACCCCCCCCCCCAGGUGCUGCAUGUCCGUUUAAUCUCCGUGUUAGGUUAGGGGUGUCCAUGCUAUGACCGUAAUAACCGUGUGUACAGGUGUGUGUGUGCCGUACAGGUGGGCCCGGUCUCAGAGGCGUGUGAGACACUUAGCUUAGUGACUUGUUGUGUUGUAGGCCGCCAUGUCAGGGGGACCACGUGAAGCGACAGCCAGACAGGCGGCUUCAAAUAACCCCGCCGUUGCUUCGGCCUGCGGCGCUGAUCAGGAAGAGGGUUUCAAUGAAAACAGCCCACACAUUAUAGUGAACACGGCAAACUUCAGGAUCCAAAGCUGUCUGUCCUGGAACGUUUUUAAACAGAUGGUUUUUCUCAUUCUAAACCUAUUUCACAUUCUUUUUUGUCUAGUUCAAAUGUUUUUUUACAGGUUUAAAGUCUUUUUUCGAACGAUUUAAAGGUUGUUUUUUUAACUUUCAAAACAUCUUUUUAUCCAGAUUCAAAACUAGAGACAGAAUCACAUUUUAACCGAACGCUCGUUUUAUCAGCGAGAGAAUCUCCCUGUGGCGCCACCUGGAGGUCGAAACGUGUACUUCCGGUGACUCAGUAUUUCGGUCUAACCUCCUGGAUCGCCUCGCGAGCGGUGAACGCGCCGGUGUUAUUUGAAGCGUCUCCUCUGGAGUCAUUCAUCAAACGAUGGUCGGAUCGAUAACCGGUUUUAUUGACGAACGACACGGUGAUGAUGUUUGUGAUCGACCAUUUUAUCCUCACGAACACACGCACACACACACACUCAGCUCAUGAUCCGACACACACUCACGCGCACCAAGCCGCGGCGCGCUCACAGACUCAUCUCAUGGACUCGAGCGCAGAUGAGCUUUUUUGGACGGACGAACCGGUGUUUUUCAAAAAGGUGCUAAAAUCGUAUCUGAAAAAAAGAAAAAUCUAUUGCUAGGAGCAUAAAUCCAGUUUGUCUUUACAAUGACUGUAUUUAAGUUUGUCGUAGUAAUGAAAAGGCACUAUUAUUAUUUUACUCUUGUAUGAAUAUGAACUAAUUAAAAAGGCAUUUUAACUUUGUACUUGAACAAUGUAAGAAAUGAUACGUGAAUAAAAAGGAUGUUUCUUGUGACUACUGAGUUUCAACUG